GAAGGGAACAUUUGUUCGGGACGGGGAGCUGCGCCGUUAUGUCGCCUGGCUGCUUAUGUGUGUCGUAACACUUUGUUCUAGUCAUUAAAUCGGAUUUAGACCGUCGCUGGGAACCCACCGUUUUUAGCUGGGCAGGUAAAGGAUGUGUUCGGGGCUGCAUUCGCUGAUAGUUUUUCAAAGUUAAAAGCCAUUUUCCGUGAAGAGAAGAAGACUCUGAGAUCGUCUGAGGAGCUUCUCUCACUCGGUCUUGAUAAGAAAGCUAUUCAUCGCAGCUGCAGGCCAUUUGCUGAUGGGUACAUACUGUGGAGAGGCACACAAGGAGCGCAGGGAAGCGUCGACACAAAACUGGAACUGUGAAAGAAUGAAGACAAGCUAGAUACCUUUCCUCGCCAUUAAACCUUUGAUCAUUAAAAAAAACAGUUACUGAAGCUCAUCUUUGAGAAAGGGUCUUAAACAAAACACAAUAACUGAGCCCUUUCAAAAUGAGUGUAGAAGGAUAUCAGUACAGAGCGCUUUAUGAAUACAAGAAAGAGAGGGAGGAAGAUAUUGAUCUACAUGUGGGGGACAUCCUGUUGGUAAGCAAGGGAGCUCUGGUGGCUCUCGGCUACAGCGACGGCCUGGAACAGCAGCCGCAGAAGAUUGGUUGGCUACCGGGUUUUAACGAGACCACGCAGGAAAAAGGGGACUUUCCAGGGACUUAUGUAGAGUACGUCGGGAAGAAAUGGAUCUCACCUCCAACACCCAAGCCCAGGCCCCUCAGACCCUUACCUCUAGCUCCAGGAAACUUCAAAGGAGACGCAGAUUCUGAUUCAGAUCAAGGUGUCUGUUUAAUGGACUUGACGGAGCAGUUUUUCCUCCCAGAGACCGCUCCACCCUUGCUGACCCGACUGCUGGAAGCUAUCGAGAGGAAAGGUGUGGAUAACCCAACUCUGUAUCGAACAUUCACUGCUGGAGGUGGACAUGAAGUCAGACAGUAUUAUGAUUGUGAUCCUCCCGCUGCAGAGCUGGACCAGUUGGAGCUCUCUGCCCUGUGCGACGGUCUGCGUAGGUACCUGCAGGAUCUCCCUCAGCCCAUUAUCCCAGCUGCCGUCCAUGCUCAGAUGAUCCACACGGCCAAAGAGGUGGUGAACCCCGAGGAAUGCGCCCAGCUGCUACGCCGCAUCGCCAGCUCUCCGACCCUGCCGCCCCAGUACUGGCUCACUCUCCAGUGUCUGCUCAGGCACUUUGCUAGAGUGUGCCAGAACGGGUCCAAGAACCUCCUCACUGCCAGAUCGCUUGGCGAGAUCUUCAGCCCCGUGCUUUUUAGACAGCAACCCACCAGUUGUGAACCCAGUCUGGAUGCUUUCAUCAAGAUCAUCGAGGUUCUGGUGACCAGCGAGUGGAGUGAAAGUCAGGCUGCUCCAGCUCUACCUCCAAAACCACCCAAACCCACGUCUGUGACUAACAACGGUAUGAACAACAACAUGGCUCUCCAGGACGCCGAAUGGUACUGGGGGGACAUCUCUAGGGAGGAAGUCAAUGAGAAACUGAGGGACACUGCAGACGGUACGUUUUUGGUGCGGGACGCCUCGACUAAAAUGCACGGAGACUACACUCUGACUCUAAGGAAAGGAGGCAACAACAAGCUGAUUAAGAUAUUCCACCGGGACGGGAAGUACGGCUUCUCGGAUCCUCUGACUUUUAGCUCCGUUGUGGAGCUCAUCAACCACUAUCGGAACGAGUCCUUGGCUCAGUACAACCCCAAGCUAGACGUCAAGCUGCUUUAUCCCGUCUCCAAGCACCAGCAGGAUCAGGUGGUGAAAGAGGACAACAUUGAAGCAGUGGGGAGGAAGCUGUGUGAAUACCACCAGCAGUACCAGGAGAAGAACAAAGAGUACGACCGUCUGUAUGAGGAAUACACCAGAACGUCACAGGAAAUCCAAAUGAAACGGACAGCGAUAGAAGCCUUCAACGAAACUAUAAAGAUAUUCGAGGAGCAAUGUCAGACGCAAGAGCGGUACAGCAAAGAGUAUAUCGAGAAGUUUAGGAGAGAAGGAAAUGACAAGGAGAUCCAGAGAAUUAUGGGUAACUACGAGAAGUUGAAAUCAAGGAUUAGCGAAAUCGUCGACAGCAAGCGCAGGCUGGAAGAAGACCUGAAGAAACAGGCGGCGGAUUACAGAGAGAUCGACAAGAGGAUGAACAGCAUCAAGCCUGACCUCAUCCAGCUCCGCAAGACCAGAGACCAGUACCUCAUGUGGUUGACUCAGAAAGGAGUCCGACAGAAAAAACUCAAUGAGUGGCUGGGAAUCAAGAACGAGAACACAGAAGAUCAAUAUUCAAUGGUUGAUGACGAUGAGGAUCUCCCACAUCACGACGAGCGGACCUGGAGGCUGGGCAACAUCAAUCGGCUCCAGGCCGAGGCUCUGCUCCAAGGAAAGAGAGACGGAACAUUCCUGGUCCGGGACAGCAGCAAAGCAGGCUGCUACGCCUGCAGUGUUGUGGUGGAAGGCGAGGUGAAGCACUGCGUCAUUAACAAGACCCCCUCGGGCUUUGGCUUUGCAGAGCCGUAUAAUCUGUACGGCUCUUUGAAAGAACUCGUACUUCACUACCAGCACACGUCUUUGGUCCAGCACAACGACUCACUGAAUGUCACGCUAGCGUACCCCGUUUACGCCCAGCAGAGACGGUGAGGACCCGGACGUUUUGGGUUUUUUUUCUUUCUUUUGGCACGGACGGCAAAGAUUUACGAGCCUCGCUGGAGCGGGAGACACGCAGUGGACUCCAUGAUAACUUCUCGAUAAAUGAGAGAGAAAAAGGCUGCGGAUGUGCUCCAACGCCCGGCUCGGACUUGGGAACCGGAGGGGAAAAAAAAAAGGACACCAUUAAAAGCCUGAAAACAUUUCAGAGACUUUGCCACGAAAAACCUGAGGCGAGUCUGAAUGUAGAUCUCUUUAUUUUUUUCGUGGGGGCACAGAAUCCGACGGAUCACUGCUGAACUCCCCCCUAGAAGAGAAGGACAUUUGAGGCCUUUUCGGUUUUUUUCCCCCCAGUGGUGCUCGCCUGCUUUGGAAGCUUUACCAGCCGGCAUGUUCAACCACAGCAGAUGAAAAUUCUCCGGCCAACACUUCGUUUGUCGGCUUCCCCCUCUCAUCAUCGACAUGCAUUUCUUUCUUCCUUUCUUUCUCUACGUGUGUGCGUGCGUUUUUUUUGUUUGUGUGGACUGUCCAUGUGACCAAACCCAUAGAAUCGGGAGACCGUGCGACGUUGGAUGGCUGUAAAACAUUAGCUUGUGUUAUCGGUCCAGCAACAGACCAUGGAUGAAAAUGUAGCAAAAGGGCACUUUUUUUCUUCUUCUUUUUUUUUUAUCCAUGUAAUUUUUUUUGUAAUGGUUUGAAAACAACUCUUAUGAACUUCUAAGAGAAGCGUAGAGAUGGAGAAGCCUGCAUCCUGCCUUCUCGUAAAGCAUUAAGAGUGCAGAAGCAAACUUGAUCUUAAGGGGGGGGUUCAGGUGAAACUAUGAAUGGACUAUUUCAUGUACAUAUGUGAAAUUGUGAUGAAACAAAGUGCACCAUACCAAAAAGGAUCAGUUCCUGUUUUAGUUAUAUUCUGAUCAGCUAUGCAAUUCUUUCUCCAUUUGUACUUAAGAAUUGUUUAACUGUUGCAACCCACAAUAUAAGCUUGUUUUAUCGCUUGAAAAAGUAUCUUUUCCUGUGUAAAUAUCCAAGAGGAUAUUCUUGUUUCAGAACGCCAAGCUACCGUACCGACGAAAAGAAAACAAGAAAGCUUACGAUUUCUAAAGAUAAUAAUAAUAAUAAUGGUAACAUACACUUUAUUGUAAAUUACUUUAACAGCUGGUAUACAGAUGGAAAAGAUGAGUAUUUUCUUGCUUCAAACUAAAGUUCCUCUCAGGCAAAGCCUUUUUUUUUUUUUUGAGCUGCUUCAGUGAAGAGCGUUAUGGCGUGCAGUUCUCUGUUUGGAGGAGCACUCGGAGAAUUGGGGGGUGGGGGGGGCAGGUUGGGGGUUGUAUGACCCAUAUCACCACCAAAACAGCAGUAGAGAUUUAUUUUGUUAUAAAAUAGAUAUGUUCCCAUAUGAGAAUAGAAGAUCAAUUUACAUUUUACACUUUGUAUAUUUUUCUGUAUCAGAAAAUGUUUACAUGGGUGGAUCAGCUCAUUUCAGAAACUAAUUUUUCAUCGGACGCCGUGUGAAAGUGGCGCAGGUCCUUUUUAAAUGAUUAAAAAUAAAUAAUAAAAAAAAUGGCAACAGCUCAA